AUGUUUUUAGAUCGUAAUAAUGCUCGUAAAACUUUAAGAUCAACUUCUACUGAUCUAAAGACUACAUUACAUAAAGGAAGCUUAACAGAUAAAAAUGCACUGGGGAUUUCAAUAGGUAGUAAUUCUGCUCGAGUUUUUGCUGAACAACAGAAAAAGCAGAAAGAAAAACGACUAUUAGAAAAGAGACGGGGUGAGAUGGCUAAUAUUAUUAGAAGGUUUGCAUAUAAUUAUAUAUGUUACAAGAAAUCUAGAGAACUAAUACUUCUUAAUUUGGAGAACAUAUUAUUAAAUAGUCUAGAAGAAUUAGAGCAAGAUAUAUCUAGGAUAAUAAAAAUGCUUACAUUUGUGUUUAAUUUGAAUACAGAUUUUGAGCGUUACAAACACAUUUUAAUGACUGUAUACAGAAUAUUAAAAGCCUCAAAGUAUUUAUACAUUGAUAAUAUUUUGCCUAGCAGUAUAGCUUCUCUUAUAAGAAUAACUUUGAUAAUAAUCUAUAGAAGGAGUAUGGAGACAAGUUUAUGCAAUAAGAGAUCUACAUAUAAUGAAAUAAGAGAUUUUGGUGAAUAUAACAAUAAUUCUGAUACUUUUAUGAGAAGUCUUUUUAACUUGUUAGAUUAUAUAGGAAGAAAGUGGUCUAAAGAUCAACUGGAACAAAUUUUUAAAAAAAUAAUAAGAUUCAGUUAUGUGGAUGUUUUGUUUUUAAAAUUUAUACAGGAUUGUUUUAAAGAAAUAGAAUACAUCAGAGUAAAUGAAAUAGAGAUAUUAGAAUGUCAAGAUAAUGUACCACAAAAACAAUCAUAUUCUUCUUCAUUACAAGUAGAAAAAAGAAAAUUUAUAGAACAAGAGAAAUCUAAUAUAACAUAUACAAACAAUAAAAUUAUGAAUUGUAGUAGAAUAAAUUUAUCAUUUUAUAAUAUAAUAACAUCAUUAAUAAAUAUAAUAUGCAGUAAUGAUCAUUAUAGAAUCAUUCAUUUUGGACGUGGAAUAUGGAAUAGAUCUAUAUAUUUUUUACAGGAUCGUUUAGAAAAACUUUAUCCAGAGUAUCUUCCAAGGGUUAAACAAUUCCUACAUUAUAGGAAUGAAUGGUUAUUAUCAUAUAUUGUCAAUAUUCUUAUUGAAAGAUUUGAUUUAGUCAACUGUGUAGAUAUUGAAUCUUGUACUUGUAUAUCUCUAUUUUCCAUAAUAUUAGAUAAGCUAUCAGCUUAUGAGAAAUUUAAGUCAUUUAUUUUGACCCAGUUCAAUAAAACAUCAAAUAUACGCUCUUUCAAUUAUCCAUACCCAGUAUUUUGGCCAAAAUCAAUAUUAUCUUAUAUAUUAUUGCAAUAUUCCCAGUUAGAAGAAAUAUUAUCAAAAAAGCAUAAAGAUCAACAUAUGUAUUUGAGCUAUUUUAGUGAAGACUUUGAAAUGAAAAUAGGUGAAUAUAGAAAAGAGGUUAAUAAAGAUUAUCAGAUAAUAUUUGAUAGGAUAUUAAGACGUCUUUUAGUAUGGAAAUUAUACCAAAAUCAAAAUAUAACCAAUAUAAAUGAUAAGGAUAAUGAAAUUAGUUAUAAUAAUAUUAAAAUAUUAAAUAAUCUCCUAGAAAUAAUGAAUAUAUUACAAACUACUAAACAAAUGAAAUUUAAUAUUGGAGUUGGUAUAAUAUUGCUUAUUCGUUUUUUUCUUUCAUUAUCAACAUUUAAUGAACGAUUAUAUUAUCAGAGGAUUCUUGCAUCGCAAUAUAAUAUAUAUAAUCAUAAAGAUAGUGAAACAGCAUUGAAAUAUGAUAAUAAAGAUGAUAAUAACAAAGAAUCUUUUGGAGAUUUUUUAUAUAUUAAGGAUUUAUUGAAAAGUUAUUUUUUUGAUAAUAUUAUAAAUCCAGUACUUGCUAAUUGUUAUCAAUGCUUUUCUUCACAAAAAAACUUUUCAUACUCCUCUAGUAUGCUUGAAACAAUAUUAAUAAUAUAUUUUCCUUGUGAUUUGUUGGGAAUAUCAGAAAUUUGUUUUUUAGAACCUCAAAAUUUUGAUGACUAUUUACAUCUUAUGAAUAAUAAAAUAAUAAAUAAGCAAUCUACUUAUUUAUUCAGUGCUGCAGACCUAUAUAAAUCAAAUAAUAUAACUAAUGAAAAGAAUACUUUAGAUUCUAAUUAUAUGAAAUGUCAAUAUCAGAUGGAUAAUAUUGGAUCAGUCAAGUCUAAUUCCUUACAAUUUGAUUUAAAAUCUCAGAAGUUACAGAGUGAUCAACUUUUGAAUUCAUAUAAAGAAAUUUUUUCUAAAAGUUUUCAUAUCCAAGAUGAUGAUUUAAUAUUUAUUAAAGGACAAUAUGAUUUAAAUAUGAAUAUAGAUAUUGAUGGAGAUAUUUUUAAAAAUUCACAGAUUCUUCUUCUUCCAUUAUGUAUAUCUUCUCAAGUAAUGAAAUUGAACAAAAUAAUAUUGGAGGAGUUGAGUAUUGUAACACCUUGGAUUCUUAUAUCUUUUCUAUUUCUGCAUUCCCUAAUUAUUGUGAAUCACAAUGGAAGUUUUUCAGAUUUUAUAAACAAAAGUCUACUAGUAAAUAAUAAAGAUCAUGCUAUUGGUAACAUUUCCCGCUAUUUUUGUAUUGCACUUUUUAUAAAGUUAACCUGUAGUCAAGAGCGGGAAAUACGUAGGGCAUUAGAUAUAAUGCUGUCUAAUUCAAAUGAUAACGAUAAAGAAUUGUCACAAUUAGCAACUAAAGAUAGAUCCAUUGAUUAUCAAAAUCUACAUUUGCAUAUACCAAAUAUUUUAAUAGAUGAUAUAAGAAAUUAUUUUAAGUAUUCUUCUGGUCCAGAACUUUUAAAGAAAUGCAUGCAUGUAUUUGCAACUAAUACUCUUCGGUUAAGUAAUGACAUAGGUAUAUUAGACUAUAAUGUCGAUAAUAAUAAAUCUAAUAUAAGGCAUAUUGAAGAAUGCAAUUUAAGUAACGAGUAUAGAUGGAGCUGUAAUCUCGAACAUGAUUUCCAAUACAUAUCUUUAUUUAUGAAUAAUUUAACCUGGACACUAUUGUACAUUAAUUCUUUAAAACAGGAUAAUAUACAGGGAUCUAACUUAAAUUCAUCAAUUCCUCAGUUAAUAAAUUCUCUAAGGUUAUGUUUUGGUCAAACAACACGCCAAUUAUAUAUAGAAGAUUCAAAACUUCACUUUAUGCCAAUAAGACAAAACAAUAAGACAUCAAUUUGGGCAAUUCCAGAAGCUUCAAGUUUAUUGAAAUCAAGGGAGACACUUUUAAAGCAACAAAUACAUAUUGAAUCAGUUGGAGCCCUUCCAAUAACUUAUACUAAUUCUGUAAACUUGAAUAAUACUGACAAUAUUCCAUUAUAUCAAGAUAAUGAUAUUAGUAACUCGAUUUCAAAUAUUUUUGAUUCCACUUUAAGAUAUACAUCAACACCAACAACUGAGAAAAUUCUUAGGAAUGUUGUGGAGGAGCUACCACAUAUUCUUGAAUUGGAAGAUCGUCUUGGAUUUUACUAUCAUUUUAUUGCAGAAUUUAGAUAUCAACAAGGGACACAAAAUAUCAACUUAAUAACUCCAAAAGAAAUUAGAAGAGAUUAUAUUAUCGAAGAUGCUUUAUAUUCAAUGCGCAAUUUAGAUACUGAGGGAUUAAGAGGUAUUCUAAGAAUUCUUUUUGUGGAUGAACAAGGUUUUGCAGAAGCAGGAAUAGAUGGUGGUGGAUUAUUUAAAGAUUUCAUUACUUGUCUAUCCAAAGAAUUGUGCUCUCCUUCUUUUGGUUUAUUUAUAAGUACUAGAAACAAUACAUUGGUACCUAGAGAUAUAUAUAGUUUAACAAAUAUACUAGCAUCAAGUAAUUUUAAAGAAUUUCAAAGGUUAAAAAAAAUAUUAUCUAGUAGAACGAUUACAAUAAUAGGAUUAUAUGAAUUCCUUGGAAAGGUUGUUGGUAAAGCUAUUUUUGAAAAAACAUUACUAGAAGUUGAAUUUAAUCCAGUAUUUUUAAACCUUGUUUGCCAUAGAAAUAAUGAUUUGGAUGAUUUAGCAAAUUUUGAUCAAGAGUUUUAUAGGAGUCUAAUGUUUAUCAGAGAAUAUGAUGAUGAUAUUUCUCAAUUAUCCUUAACAUUUUCUGUUACAUUAAAUACUGAAUUAAUUAGCAAUCAAUCUAAUAAAUCUCCUAAUCCAAUAGAGAUAGAGCUAGUUCCUAAUGGCAAAAAUAUUCCUGUAACAAAUAUGAAUAAAUUAUUGUAUAUCCAAUUGUUAACACAAUAUAAAGGGACAACUAGCAUGAAAAAACAGGCUGAAGCAUUUGCACGUGGUUUGAGUAUGGUAAUUCCAGAAGAAUCAUUAAGGUUAUUUUCACCUAGUGAACUUCAGUCACUUAUUUGUGGUGUUUUAAAGGGUCUAGAUGUUAGAGAUCUAAAAAGGAACACAAAUUACACAGGUUAUUUGGAAUCAUCUCCACAAAUCCAAUGGCUGUGGGAUAUACUCGAGAAUAAGUUUGAUUCUGAGGAACAAUCAGCAUUUUUAAUGUUUGUAACAUCUAGCAGAAAAGCUCCACUCCUUGGAUUUGAACAUCUAAAUCCAAAAUUUGGAAUACAGAUUGUCCCGGAAUAUACAAGACUUCCAAGUGCAGCUACUUGUUUCAACCUUUUAAAACUACCUGCCUAUAAAUCAAAGGAUACUUUAUAUGAAAAACUUAAGCUGGCUAUUUUUGGUGCUUCUGGUUUUGACUUAAGUUAG